CAACGUCAGCAAUUUUCGGUGGGCGUGUCAGAAACUGCAGCAGCAAAACUGUGCUGUUUCGCUCUCCAGUUGCAAGAGAUGCGUCGCUGUCCGUUAGCGCUCCUUCUUCUACUGGUCCUCCUUCUCCUCGGAGAAGGUGGCCAGGCGUACGAGCUAGCGGAGCUGGUGGAGGGGAGUCUGGAGGCCGAGACUGCGCACUACUACACCGUGGACGCGACUGGAGUGCUCGUAGUUGCUCUGUUGACAGAGGAGGGGGAUGCAGAUCUGUAUGUUUCGACGGAGACCAAGGAGCCAGGCCACUCAAACUACCAGCUAUCGUCCACCUCCUGCGGCCUGGACCUUGUCCUCGUGCCAACCGGCAAGGGGGCGGGGUCUCAGAAGGUCUACCUGGGUGUGGUCGGUCACAGUCACCACGCAAAGUCCCACUACAAACUGGCCAUCAUCACAACUUCUUCUCAAGAUAUCGACAAAUAUCAGGUAUGGGACCUGGACCCUGAGACCAGGCGGAGAGUCCUGCUGGUGAGCUACGACCCCUUGGAGAUUGCCAAUGAUGUCACUCUACACCAGUUGCUAGAGCAACUGCAGGGGAAUUCCGCAGGGGUCAAAGGUGACUCCACGGAGGGUGUGUUGGGAAAAGUCAAAGAUGUUGCUGAAUGGACUCUCUAUGUAUUUUUUGAACUUUUGAAAAUUCUGAUCGAAAUUGUUCUCUGACUGUUCAAUAGUAUACUAAGCAGUAUGCGGAUUGACUUCCGCGAAUUUACAGACCAGUAUACGGUAUGUGAAUGCGCAAACACAUGAAUUAUAAAAGUCAGAGUUUCGAGACUUUAUCGGCGUUUUGUAAGUAAUAGAGCUGUCGCUUCCCUCGUCUCAUCAGCCACUCGAUGUAGAAAACGUUCGAUCGCUUGGCACUCGCCGCGUGCUCACGAAAUGUGUUCCUUACGUUCUCUCGAGUCGACGCUGGCUUUCCGUCGCACGCCCUCAUGAGGGCGCGGUACAGACCGAUAACGUCUCUCUGUAGCUUACUCCGCUGCAUUGCUGCUGCGCUGACCACGCCUCCUUGGUGCGCACUAAAUAGAAUACUGCGUAUCAAACAGCGCUGGAAAUGGGUAAAACUAAGAAGACCCGUCAGUUUGUCCUCAAGAGGAUCGUCUCCGCCAGAGACGCAAGAAUCAAAAAGAACCAGGAGAAGAACGAGGAGAAGGCACUGAAGAAACUGGAGGAGAAAGUCAAACAUGUUCCGCAGGCCUCAUCUGCUCUCUUCUUCCAGUACAACACACAACUGGGCCCUCCCUACCACAUUCUGGUGGACACCAACUUCAUCAACUUCUCCAUUCAGAACAAGCUGGACAUAGUCCAGGGUAUGAUGGACUGUCUGUAUGCCAAAUGUGUGCCCUGUAUCACCGACUGUGUCAUGGGAGAGCUGGAGAAACUGGGUUCAAAGUUCAGAGUCGCCCAGAGGAUUGCGAAAGACCCUCGGUUUGAGAGGCUGCCGUGUCUGCACAAAGGGACGUAUGCCGACGAUUGCCUCGUCAGUAGAGUCACUCAGCACAAGUGUUACCUGGUGGCCACUUGUGACAGAGACCUGAAGAGAAGACUGCGGAAGGUUCCGGGUGUCCCUAUCAUGUACGUCAGUCAGCAUCGCUACACCGUGGAGCAAAUGCCAGACGACUAUGGAGCACCAAGAUCAUAACGGGCUGCAAACAAUUAUUAUGAACAACAUGUGCAAUAUUAUUAUGAUUUUCAUGAUUCAUCACUCUCUCUCUCUCUUGUAAAAUUUUAAAUAUAUAACUAUUGCUGAUUGGUCACGUGAUCUACAGGCAGGUUGCCAUUAGCAACAGCAGCCCCAUUAUUGUCUGAAGGUUGGUCGAGCCCCUCAUGAUUAGGACCAGAAUCCUGCACGUUGGGUUCGCUCUCUUGCUGCUGUGAAGUCCUGGUGUCUUGUUGGAGUGAUUCGUCUGUGUCACAAACAGUGUUACCACUAGCUUCACUUUCCAACUUGGCUGCUGGCACCUCCGAUUCACACUUAGCAUCUUGAAUAUCUGACGUGGCGUCAGACGUGUUAGUAUCUGGAGCAGUAGGUUCUGAUUCGGGAUGAGCAGUUUCUAAACCGGGACUCUCCUCCUCUAAUGUGGGACACGCGGCAUCUGACCCAGGACUCGCAUCGCGCAGCAGGUCAGAAGUGCUCUGAACUUUAUUCUCCUCUGACACCACUGCAUCUGUUUUAUCCAAUGAUGUCGUGGCUCCGCCCCCAGCCCCCGGACUGGAGCCUCCCAAUUUCCUCUCAAUCUUCACAAUCUCUGUUCUGAGAGUCUCAAUGGUCUUGACCAGUUUGUGGAGGAGCGGAGUGAGGGGUGCAGUGGCCAUGCCCCUCCCCUGCAUCUUCUUGAUGCCCUCUGCGAGACUCCGCACCCACGCCUGGCACUGUCUCAACACCUCUCCUCGGCGGAGGUGGAAAUGCUUCAGU